CCUAGGGCUGCGGGAAUGUGCGCUGGCGAGGUCCUGCCGCGGUGCUGCUCUCCCGCCAGCAGCCUGUGCGGCCCCUGACCCGGAGCGCCGCAGCUCGGCGGCAGGAGCGCGGGCGGAGAGCCAUGGCCUGCAUCCUAAAGAGAAAAUCUGUGAUUGCGGUGAGCUUCAUAGCAGCGUUCCUCUUCCUGCUGGUUGUGCGCCUGGUAAAUGAAGUGAAUUUCCCAUUGCUACUAAACUGCUUUGGACAACCUGGAGCCAAGUGGAUACCAUUCUCCUAUACGUACAGGCGGCCCCUUCGGACUCACUAUGGAUACAUCAAUGUGAGGACACAAGAGCCGUUACAGCUGGAUUGUGAACUGUGUGCCAUCGUGUCAAACUCGGGCCAGAUGGUUGGACAGAAGGUAGGAAAUGAGAUAGACAGGUCUUCCUGCAUCUGGAGAAUGAACAGCGCGCCCACCAAGGGUUACGAAGAAGACGUUGGCCGCAUGACGAUGAUUCGAGUUGUGUCCCACACCAGCGUUCCUCUUUUGCUAAAAAAUCCUGAUUAUUUUUUCAAAGAAGCAAACACCACCAUUUAUGUUAUUUGGGGUCCUUUCCGCAAUAUGAGGAAGGAUGGCAAUGGAAUCGUUUACAACAUGUUGAAAAAGACAGUUGAUGUCUAUCCAAAUGCCCAAAUUUAUGUGACCACAGAAAAGCGCAUGAGUUACUGUGAUGGCAUUUUUAAGAAAGAAACUGGGAAAGAUAGAGUCCAGUCUGGCUCUUAUCUCAGUACAGGGUGGUUUACCUUCAUUCUGGCCAUGGAUGCUUGUUACGGCAUCCGCGUCUACGGGAUGAUCAAUGACACCUACUGCAAGACAGAAGGGUAUAGAAAAGUUCCCUAUCACUACUACGAACAAGGAAGAGAUGAGUGUGAUGAAUAUUUUCUCCAUGAACAUGCCCCGUACGGUGGACACAGAUUUAUCACUGAAAAGAAAGUGUUUGCCAAAUGGGCCAAGAAACACAGAAUAGUGUUCACACACCCAAACUGGACAGUGUCUUGAUGUUGGUUUUCUAACCUUGCCACGCCCGAUCGGGGCACCUCGAGUGUGAUGCUUUUGAUGCCAGCGAACACGAUGGUAUCAGUAAAGGCAGCGGUGAUGACUAGGUUCCUCUUCCUCCUCCGACAUGGCAGCAAUUUUAACUUGGGAUUCCGUAAGCGUGGUUGUGUUCAUUACAUUCUUUCUGAAGGUUCAGUACUACAUAGUGCACUUUAUAAUUUAACUGGAAUUGAGACUAAGGCCAAUGACGUAACAAUUGUGGCUUAAGGAACAGAAAGGUGGUCUUUCAAGAUAGCUGCCAUCAACUUCUAAAAGCUGUGGGAUUUGACCUCCUGACACAAGGUUACUAAGUCCAUGACUUCUUGAGCCUGGGAAUGGGAGAGCAGCAACACCAUCUUGAAAAAUGAGAGACUAUCAGACACUGUCCCAAUAAAUGCUACCAGGGUGCAAGCAUCUUGCCCCAGUUCCUAGUGAGCCUGAGGUAAGGGAAGGCAUCUCUUUCUGAUGCGCCAUCUUCCUAUGGUAUUUCCUACAGGGCAACUCUCAGGCCAUUACCCAAUUACCAAUGAAGACAUUGAUCGUGGAGGUUCUACACAUCAGAAUUUCUUGACUAUCUCAAACAUUUCAUUCAAGCUGUACUAAGUAGCAAAUCUUGACAAAUUUUCUCUCUGAUCGUUUUAUUCUUACCACUCAAAAAAAUAUAACCAAACAUAUUAUGAGAAGGAUCUAUAUUAAAGUUGUUCAUUUUGGUUGAGUCCUAAAUAUUUCUGAAUGCCUUUUAAAAUGUGAGAUGCCAACUUCAACACUGUAAUAACACAUACUGUGAAAACAUUCCUGAAACAUAACCAAAGGGUUUCCUGACUCUGCUAUAUCUAACAACACAAAUUGUGUGCAUUUUAAAAUCAUGAAACAGGGAAAACAAAACAUAUUUUUACAUCAAUUUAUAUCCUGCCAUAAGUCAUAAUAUAUAUUUGUAUAUUCAGAUUUCUAUUUUAUAGGCCCAAGAUGUGUCUUUCCAUGCAUUACAUGAUCUAUGCCAAGUGCCAACUGUUUGACAUGGAUGAUUCCCUUCUAUUAAAUCUCACCAGAGCUUUUACCUUUGUUAAGUUCAUUUCCCCUGAGUGUAUCUCUUGUUAUACCAUUAUAACAACAGUAGUGAUGACCUUACUGUCCAAACUGCUUUGCUAUUUAGAGUGCUCUCAGAUAUGCUACACCACGUGAUGUCCUUGACCACCUUGUGGAUUACUGCCUAUGCAUUCCUUUUUCUCCUUAACAGGCAAUGUGUAAUUUGCUGGAUGUCCCAAUAUUUUCAGGUUGCUCUAUUUGCUAACAUUUGUAUAGACUAAACUUAUGUAAACUAGUAAUCAAUUGAUCUGAUAGCCAAAUACAGCAUAUUAUAUUAAGAUUAUGCAAAAAGUUUCACAAGGUCCAUGUUGGCCAUAGACUAGGAUGCUUGUGAACUUUUGAUCUGUUUGUUUUUCUGCUAAAUGACUCUGUUUUGAGGAGAAAAAGUGAGAACAUAGCACCAAUAGGAAUAAAUGAAAGCAGAAAAGCACACUUUCAUAUCCUGGGAUUGCCACAGCUCUGUUGUCCAUAUACUUAUUGGUCAGUAAAUAUUAGAGUUGAAUUACCAAGAGGCGAAAGAGCCCAUGCCCAUCCUUACAGGACACUUCAAAAAACAAGAGCCAGGCUCCAUUCAAAGAGCAUUCUGGAGGUUGGAAGUAAUGAUGCAUUUCACCUCAGGAGUACCUGGUGCGUCCUUACCAGUGCAAAGCAUGUGAUGAGUCAUUGUCACCAUGUAAAAGCCUCCCUCCUGCUCUCUUCUGCCAUUUGGGGCCCCAGUGGGGACCCAUAAAAAUUACUGAGCCCCAGUUUCAUCAUCAGAAGAGAGAGCUGUCAUUCUUCUGUUGUUUUCUUAUGUGAUUUUCAGUCAUAUAAAUGCUAGUUUUUUCAGAGCUAAUAAUGGAUAGACAUGCCUACAUAAAGAAAAAUAGACACAAAUACUGAAAUUGUAGUGCAGACUGAAAUUGUAAUACAGAAGUUCCACCUUUAAAUAAAAAGGAAUCUUUGAUAAAUCAGAAUGUUCAGAGAAUGACAUAGCCUAAUUUAUUUAGUUUUCCAGUGAAUGGGUAGUCCAUUCUGUUUGUUUUAGUGAUGAGAAAUGUGAAAAUGCACUUGCUUUUUUGCCUUGUGGCGGCUGUAGGUCAUGGAAAGGACUUUGGAAGUAGCCCUCUUGGCCCCCUGUGUGUGUGUACCAGGUGGACUGAGGGCUGUUAGCUCAGGGUGGGGAGUGUUUCUUCUCUUUCCUUUCUUUUUCACUCAACCUCUAUUCCAUAAACUUUACAGUUGCUGCUUUUUCUCCCUUUUUCUAUAAAGUAGGAAAGAAAACAUACUUUAUUCUCAAUUUAGAGACCCAAUUGUAUGAUUUCCAAUGUAAUCAGGACUUUGAUUGAAUCUCAUGACUUGUUUUCCUCUGUAGUCUUUAUUUUCUCUGUUUCUAUUUCUUUUUUCUUCUGAAUUCCAGCUUCCUAAUUCUAAUGCAAAGUCUAAUUUGUCCCAUGUUGAGAAGAAAUUUUUCCAUCUCAUAUUUGCUGAUACAGAAGAGUGAGGCAAAGGAACAAUUCAAGGCAAACAUUUUGUCAUACAAAUUUAUAGUCCAUUCCUUGGGUUCUUGGCAACAAGCAGAGAUUUCAUCCAGCAUCUUAACUUUGGAAAGUGUAACUGAAUGCACUCAUCACCAAUGCAUACAUGGCCUAGAUGUUAAUUAAUACCUUGAAGAAGAAGCUUCAAUACCAUCUAAGGCUCUAGGCAAAGGGACUAUAGAAAAUGACUAUGAUUCUCUGAAAUUAGCAUAAAAACAUGCAGGUUAAUACAGUAAAAAUAUUAAUGUUAAUUGUGCAUAAUCCUAAGAAAACCACGAAAAUUUUUUAAAGAUUUUAAAAUGAAUACUUGAAACCCUAAGUUAACCUAGUGACAAGUAGUAAUGCUAUGCAUUAUUAUGAUGUUUAACGUGUGAUUUUACAGGCUACCAACCUACCAAAAGAAAAUCAAUUUCUCUCACUAUAUAUAUGCACACAAAUAUUCACAGAUACUAAUAACUAUAUAUACACAUGCAUGUAAUCCAAUAUUUUCCUCUGAUAUGUCUGAAUCACGGAAAAGCCUGUUUUAGGCCUCAUCUGAAAUUUGUUUGGCUUCAUUUUGAAUUCUGAUGAAGAAGGCAAAAAUUCAAAGUAAAUGUACUGAUUGCUAAGAGGACAUAAAAUCAUAUUCAAUAGCUGUCCAGAAGAAUAAAGCUAGCAAAGAUGCUAAAUCUAGAACUGAGAACACAAUUAGAUGCCACAGUUGUCACAAAUCAGGCUUGUAAGCAUAGCAGUCUGUGUCUUGAGGCUCUGCCGAUUACAGCUUAGCGAAAGUCACAUUGAAAAACACAGCAUCAGGCUUCAUUCAUGCUGCAGCAAAUGAAUUGGUCCUCCUAUUCAAAUAAGCCAGGCUUUAGCAUAAGCAAAGCACAGAUUUGCAUGAUUUUUAUUAUAUAGCUUAGGAAUUGUGGCCAUUGUGAAAAAAGAAAAUUAUAUAAGGAGAUUGCUCUGAGAUGAUUUGCUAUGAGUCAGCUGUCUGGAAGCAAGAGUCUGAAUUGGAGACCUACUGACCGUUCAAGAAGUAUAAAGCCAUCAGAAGAGAAUUAUCUACAGCUUCUGUAGAAGGGAGACUAUACUCAAGUGCUUCAGAAGAAAGACCAAACUCAAGUACUGAAGACACCACUCAAGUAGCUGUUGAUGUUAAUGGGAUGUUAUUUAUGAGAUCAGCUUAAUUUUGAUAAUCAAGAAGAUAUAAGCAGACUUACUUUUUAAAAAGAUAUCCACCUUGCACUUAAUAUGGCAUAUCAGAUGCAAAGAACCACUGGUGCUGGCCCUGGCCAGUUGUUUGCAUAUCUUAGCACAAGUGAGUUGCAUACCCAAGACCAGGAAGGAAAAAUGCUUUGUUUGUAACUGUAUUUUUAAAAGGCAAGACCUCAUUGUUUUGAUAAAGUACGUAUAUCCAAUGACUGAAGGAGCCAGCACUUGCCUUCCUAAGUAGUCCAGACUUAGGAAGUUGACAGGGACCUUACAGACUAGAUAAUCCAACCUUUCUACCUUGGACUUGAAGAAAUAAACCCAUAGAAGCAAAUCAACUUACGCUUGCCUAUAGAACAACUGACAAGUACGUGGACCCAAAUUCUGGCUAUUUUCUCAAAUACUUUGCACAACAUUCUUGUAGGCACAGAAUACUACCUGGGAAAAUGCAUAUGCUAUUCACCAAAUAAUUUACAUUCAAGGAAACGAAAGGCUCCGAUUAGUGUUGAUUCUGCUCAGAAUUCAAUCCUGAUGACUGAAUCAUCCCUACACUGAUGAUUUGCCAGGUACAGAAGUAUUUGCAUAACUGACCGAACAUGUCUUACUAGUUUUUUUCUGUUCUUCACUCUUGUUUGGUGCUAAAACUAGGCCAUAUUCCAACAUGGUGAAAUCCAGAGCCUAGCAUAAUGAAGACAAAGGUGCAUUCCUUAGUCCUUGGCAUUGAGUGCACAGUCAGGAACCACUGGGUGAUGGAAGUCACCUGGUGAGGCUGGCAGGCCCUGUUGCUGAUGUAUCCUGAGAGUAGAGGUGUCUGGCCUCAAACCACUCAGCUGCCAGGGUUAGAGAGUCCUGUUGCACUGAUUGAUGAAAGGCUGCCCUUGGUUUUCCUGGCCACCCCCAUACUGCCAGCGAUCUCUAGCCCACAUACCCCUCUAGACGGGAAUAUAAGCCCCAGACAUCCCGCAAGUCUCAAGAGGCACACAAGGCUAAAGCAGAUUUUCUCCCUUCAGUCCACUCAUAUCACCCUGUUAGAGGUAGAAAUUUUUAAAACCAUAGUUGUUGGGCUCUGGAAAUGGCUCCUUCAGACCAGAAAGAGCGUUCUGUUCUGCUGCUUGUUUUCACUGAACCUUAGAGACACCACCGGCAUAAAAUUGCAUAUAAAUUGCUAAGGUGUUGAGUCAGAACUGUCCUUGGGCAUUGUAGCAGUACAGAAAACCUCAUUUAGUUGUUUUUAAAUUCUCUGCUUCUUUUUUCCUUUCAGAAUAGGCAUAAUUUGUUUUUGAGGUAGAAAAGCUCUUCUUUCUCCACAUAUAUGUUCCCCUUUGAGACUUCAGAAAAACAGAAGCUCACUUUCAUAAAGGUGAAGAACGUCUUCAAGAAUAAAUAGCCAACUUCCAGAUUCAUGUGUUUGCCUGUGUAAGUGAGCAGUUUCUUCUAAGAAACUCUGAAGACACCAAAACCAGAGUGGUUUAUGGUUCCUUGUUAGCUAACCUGCAAAGUACCGAUUGCCUUGUGUUUAACUUUGCUGUCACUGCUAACCAAGUAAACAUCCAUUUCCAUUACACAUAGUUAUAUUUUAGUUUUCACUCAUCUUUCUGAGUUCACAUGAUUUUUGCUGUAUUCUCUCAUUCACUUUUAAAACCUGUAAUCUUCCUCUGUUUACAGAGGCGAUUCCAAAUGCACAGCCGUACUUUAGGUGAGGGAGGUUUUCCUGGUAUCACAUCACUUCAUUUGUAGGCACUGUCUUAGAAAAAAGCUUGCAUCGUAGCAAAUGGGCGAUUAGCAUAUUUCGGUUCUUUCACAUUCACAACAGGAUCAUUAUAUGUUAACAAAGCUGGAGGAUGCUAUCACUGAAAGAAAAAAGUGUGGAGACAUUCAGGAUGCUCAGUAAGGCAGGGAGACAGCCAAGAUGGCAUCAUAGACAAUAAAAAUUUCAGAAUUUGUGUGGUUCCCAUUGUCCACCUGAUGCUAAGACCUGUUCCAUCCUUUGGUGCUCCAGAUUUCCUAACCAAGAUAACGUCAUCAACAGGCUGCUUCGAAUAAAGAAUUCCUUCUUUUUUCAUGCCCUUACUCAACCUCCCUUUCACUCCUUCCAUUUCCUCCUUUUUCCCCCCGUUCAUCACAUUUGGAUAUUUUCUCAUUUUAUAAAUCAGCUAAUAAUAAUACGUAAUCUAACUCCAUAAGAGACACAUAUUUGGAAGGAAUCUCAAGGUGAGACUCUUCUUUGGAAAUAAAUAAUAGUAAUCUAUACUCCAGGUUUAUUAAAGGACUGAAUGCCUAAUCCAGUCCCCCAAAGCCUCUGUGAGGUACAUAAUACUAUUCUCCCCAUUUUACACACAAAGAAAUUGCAGCACAGAAAGGUGAAGUGUUCUGCCCAAGGCUAAGUUAGUGAUAGAAUGCACUCAGAACAAAACCAGUCUGGCCCAAAGAUGCUAUCCACUGGGGGUUGGCUAAUUGAUGUGCCUAAGAACACCCAAAGAUGGGCAGUCUGGCACAAUGAGGUUUGUUUCUCUCUGAAGUGUCCUCUCCAACCAGCUUGUCUUUAAAAGUGACUCAGGAACAACGGCACCCUCUGUCGUAUGACCUUGCCCUCUACUGGGGGAUGCCCAUCCUCUCUCUUCCCACUGAUGAGGUCAGAUCAAGGUGAAUCUUGUGCUGUGGGGUUUCAUGGGCAAGUCUACAUGGGCCACAUCUCUCCAGCCACAUUCCACCAGCUAGACUCCAUCACAGGCCUGACACGAAGUGAGCUGUGCUGUCUCAUUGUGGGUCAGCCCAGCAGGAAAAGGAACGGAGUUAAAUAAAGACAUAGAAGUCCCUGCCAUAAUAUUCUUGGUCGUGAUGACAUAUAGCUGCAAAAAUAUCACUGUUUUGUUCAACUGGAUGAAUUGUUUAUAUGGUAAAUUCUCAUUCCAUGUUUAGGAGUGCUUGAGAAAAGUCUUUUCUCUGCAUGGGUGCCAGUACCCACACCUGUAACAGAAUAAGCUGAAAAACAAAAUAUUGAUCUAGGUUCUAUUAUGCCAAGAAGAGAGGAUAUGAUUUCUGUUGCCUGAGGAAGCAGAAAGAGAAACUCAUAAGUUAGAGACACUUUUAAGUGGUUUUAGUCUUUCCACAGUAGAAGUAACAUGACUUUUAAUGUCCUAAUGAUUUGUGGUUAGAGUAGGAUAGAUCCACCUUCGCCUUUCAUCAGCCCCCCCAUUUAGUGCCUGUUUAGUUGCAAGAUAGCACAAAGAUUAGCCUCCCUUUCAGCUUUCCUUUGGUCUUCAGGGCCAUACAGUGCUCUGGUAAUUUUUUUUAAAGUUAAAAAAAAUGAAAUUGCUGUUCUCAAGUCUUCAAAUUGCAAAUAUCCUCACAUGUCUUUUGCUUUGUUCUCACUGGCAUAUGAACUUGAGCAAAGGGGAAAAAAGGAAUAAAACAUUGUCAAUGAAAUGGCCAUCCCAAACCAUAGGUUAUUCUUAAGAAAAGAGGUCUUUAUAUUCCUUCUUUCUCAAUUCUUUCCUUCCCCGCCCAAUAUUUUCUACCAUUUGAUAUUUUCUUGAAAAUCUCUACAAGCCCUUUCCCCUUAAUGCAAAUACAUUUUUUUAUUUAUCCUGAAGUUUUAUUUCACCUAAUAGAAACUAUUUGCUGUCUGUCUUGGCAAAAAAGAAAGUGCUUUGCAUGUUCACUUAUAAAUUUUCUUAUUACAUCCAUGAGAUAGAUUACAUGGGACUCUAAAAGCAAAAUAAAGAAGAGAGUCUGCCAUUGUUUACAUUCUUCCAGAUCAAUGUGACAUUUGUUAUAAAGGCAAGACACUGUAGAGCCUGGUGUCAGUAACUGGCACAGACUUGGGUAUCUUUAUCAGAGUUACACCUGGUGUUAAGAAUCCCUUGUGGUGCUUUGCAGGAAUGUACUGUUUAAUGAGAGUAGUAGACACACUACCCUAUGCCCAUGACUAAAAGUCUUCAAUGACAUGAGCAUGCAAUGCGUACCAGUAGUACCUUAUGCUAGACAUUGAGAGUUCUUGCAUCUGUAAUUGAUAAAACUUUUAAAACAUGCAUUUUCCAUGCUUAUGAAAUAACUUAAAAGUCUGUAUAAUCUUCCAUAAUUUUCUACUGCAUGUAUACAUAUCUCUAAAAGUAUAACCCAUGAAAUUAAGUUUAUAUAGGAUGGUCUUUCAUCUAUAAUGGCAAUUUUACUUCAAAUUGAAACAGUUUGACCAACACAUCUUUGAGUGAAACUGAUUUUUAAGAAGAAUCCUAUUUUGAAAUGACUAAAAAAGAUACAUACCCUCUACACUAUUUGAUGGAGAAAAGGCGUUAACACUGGGUGAGGACAUGCCAAGAUCUCUGAAUCAUGUCAUUGUAUGUGGAACAACAAAGAAAUAAAAAUAUUCAAUUGCACAAUGUAAGAAUUCAUUGAAGCCAGAUUUGGCGUAAGAAAUACAAAGCUAGAAAACAUGGACUCAAAAAGGACAAGAGGAUGAAUUAAUAGCAAUAGUCAUUCAGACUAUUUAGAGACUGUGGAGCACUCUACUAGGAGAUGUAGCAAAUUAAAAAUGUCACUAAUACCCUAAGACACACAGAAAGCAAGCAAUGACGAGGACCGCUCAUACCAUUUCUGGAUAUAUUUUUAAACUUAUUUUUAUUUACUUUCCAAGUGCAAGUAAUAUGAUUUAAUUGUUAGAAACAUGCAAAAGACAGAAAUGUAUAAUACUCAUUGUCAUACUGCCUGGUAUUCAUCUAAUAUUUUUCUAAAGAUAUUAUUAAUAUAUGCACAUAUGAUGAUGGUUUAUAGCCUACUUUGUCUCCAUAACAUGAAAUUGAAAGCACUUGCUCUGGAUGUCUAAAUUAUCCUAAAACUUUUUAAAAGCUACAUUGUGCUAUAAUCUACCUAACAUCCCCUUCCUUUUCCCU